AUGGAAGAUGCAACUAAGACCCCAAGAGCAGCCCAGCCACGCAGCUGCUCCCCCGAGGCCGCCAGCGCAGGUCCCGGCACAGCGCCCGUUACCACUUGGGCCAAGACAACUGAUGUAAAUUUAUCCAGCUCCUUAAAUGGUUUGAGCUUCAUGGGAAUUCUGGACGCAAGAGUGAGCAGUGGUAUCCAGAGCCUUCAAAACUUGAACUCCGGGACCGCGAGAUCUCUGUCAUUGCCUGAGUAUCGGCCUGGCCAGCUGUCCAGUGUUUUAGAAGAUUGUCAUAGCCUUAAAUCAGUGGAUUCUGGUAUUCCAACUCUAGAAAUAGGAAAUCCAGAGCCUGUUCACUGCAGUGUGCUAACUGUGAAGAGAAAGCAGUCAGAACCUGAAAUUGUGCCUGACAGGGCUUUCCAGAGUGCAUGCACACUGCCGCCUUAUGUGCCUCCCCACUCUCUGACUGCUGAACAUGACCAUGCUGUGCGGAAAUCCUCCACUUUCCCGCGAACGGGGUAUGACACUGUCAAACUUUAUAGUCCAACCUCAAAAACUCUAAAUCGAAGUGAUGAUAUCUCUGUGUGUAGUGUUUCUAGUCUUAGCACGGACCUGUCAACAACUUUAUCAGUUAGCAAUGAAGACAUUUUAGACUUUGUGGUCACAAGCAGUUCAAGUGCAAUUGUGAAUCUUGAGACUGAUGAAGCACACUUCUCGGAUGUUACCUUGAAUUCCCCUAAAGAGACCAAGGAGCAGAGCCAGCAAGAAUCUUGUCAAGAGGCAGAUGUGGACAGUAGACGGAGAAGACUGGGACCUUUUACUAACUUCUUUGCCAGGAAUUUGUUUACCAGAAAGCAAAAUGCAAGAUUUGAUAAACAGAAUGAUGUGGGAUGGAAGUUGUUUGGAAAAGUACCUCUCAGAGAAAACUCACAGAAAGAUGCAAAGAAAAUACAAAAGGAAUAUGAAGAAAAAACUGGACGAGCUCACAGACCACUCUCUCCUAAACAGAAUGUGAGGAAGAAUCUUGAUUUUGAGCCACUUUCCACUACAGCACUUAUUUUAGAGGACAGACCAGCGAACCUGCCUGCAAAACCAGCAGAAGAAGCUCAGAAACACAGGCAACAGUACGAAGAAAUGGUGGUUCAAGCAAAAAAAAGAGAGCUUAAGGAAGCCCAGAAGAGAAAGAAACAACUGGAAGAGCGCUGUAAACUGGAAGACAGCAUCGGCAAUGCUGUUUUAACUUGGAACAAUGAAAUCUUGCCCAACUGGGAAACGAUGUGUUGUUCCCGAAAAGUUCGAGAGCUGUGGUGGCAGGGAAUCCCACCUAGUGUGAGAGGCAAAGUCUGGAGCUUGGCAAUUGGCAAUGAGCUAAACAUCACCCAUGAACUGUAUGAUAUUUGCUUGGCACGUGCCAAAGAGAAAUGGCGAUCACUUAGCACAGGAGGGUCGGAAGCAGAAUGUGAAGAUGCUGGAUUUUCUGCAGCUGACAGAGAAGCAAGCUUGGAGUUAAUAAAACUGGAUAUCUCAAGAACGUUUCCUAAUCUAUGUAUAUUCCAGCAGGGUGGUCCUUACCAUGACACAUUGCACAGUAUUUUAGGAGCCUAUACUUGUUACAGACCUGAUGUAGGCUAUGUACAGGGCAUGUCAUUCAUAGCAGCAGUAUUGAUCUUGAACUUGGAUACUGCAGAUGCCUUCAUUGCUUUUUCUAACCUUUUAAAUAAACCCUGUCAGAUGGCGUUUUUCCGUGUGGACCAUGGCCUUAUGUUGACUUACUUUGCUGCAUUUGAGGUAUUCUUUGAAGAAAAUCUGCCAAAGUUAUUUGCUCACUUCAAAAAAAACAACUUAACUCCAGACAUCUAUCUUAUAGAUUGGAUAUUCACUUUAUACAGCAAAUCUUUGCCACUAGACUUGGCAUGUCGUGUCUGGGAUGUGUUCUGCCGUGAUGGAGAAGAGUUCUUAUUCCGUACAGCCCUGGGAAUAUUAAAACUUUUUGAAGAUAUUUUGACCAAAAUGGACUUCAUUCAUAUAGCCCAGUUUUUAACAAAGCUACCAGAGGACUUGCCUUCAGAAGAAUUCUUCACAUCUAUUGCUACCAUUCAGAUGCAAAGUAGAAACAAAAAGUGGGCUCAGAUACUGGCAGCUCUGCAGAAAGAUAAUCGGGAGAUGGAAAAAGGAAGUCCUUCGCUGAAACGUUAGCCCUCUGCCUCCAGUGACUGGUGGGAAAUGAGCUAAAGUGGCAAAACUAUCAAGUACUGUUUGACAUGUAUGAGCCUGCAAAUCAAAGUGUUAUUUCAGAGUUUUGUUUAGUAGUAGGAUAACCUUAAAGGGGAGAGAGG